AUGAUGCCCAUCUACCGGUUCGUCUUCGGUCUUCCACUCGGCCUGGCUCUUCUGCUCAGCUUCUUGCUGGUGCCCAUCCAACCGUUGGUGCUGCUGGUGGCGCGACAACGACUCCGGCGACGUCUCAACCUUGAGGGCGGACCAACGGGCGAUGUUGCCUGUCUCUUAGGCAGCUGUUGCUGUGUCUGCUGCCUGAUGCAGUGCCAAGUGGUCAACCAAAUCCAGGCAGCAAGACGAUCUGGUGACUGGGAAAAAACGGAUGCAACCGAACGAGCCAGCAGUUCCGAGGAGCUCAAAAGUUUGGACAGCCAAAGUGAAUCUCGUGAAAAUGAUGAUAGUGAAUAG